AUGAAUUCUCGACCAACCUUCUAUGUAUUCCAUGGAAAGGUCAGCAAAGCCGUUACAAGUAUCGGCACCAGCCCAUGGGACGACUCCUGUAAACGUCGCCGCAAGCUCGCAGCUGGGGCAUUGAAUCGUCCGCGGGUAGAAAGCUACGCGCCUAUCUUGAAUUUGGAGGCACGGGAGUUUCUCAAAGACCUAUACGAAGAAUGCUGUGGUGGUUCGGAGGAUCUCGACUUCCGUCCGGCUGUCAGGCGCUUUGCCCUCAAUCUUAGCCUGACGCUCAACUAUGGGACAAGAGCCUCCCAUGUCAAGUCCCUGGUGGAAGAUCCUCUAUUUUCCGAGAUAAUUUAUGUCGAAUCCGAGAUCUCAAAACUUCGCGACACAGGAAAGAACUACACUAACUACAUACCCUUGCUGCGAUACUGGGAGCCGAUUGCUAGUGUGUUAGGUUUACAGUCCACACCGACGAAUCACGCUGGGGACAUUGGCCGUCGAAGAUUGGAAUACAACGACAUACUCCUCAGCCGACUAAAAGACGAGAUUGCUCGGGGUAAAGACAAGCCCUGCAUUCAAGGCGCUGUUCUGAAAGACCCUGAGUCGGCAACCCUGACGCGAGAGGAGUUGAUCAGUGUGAGCCUCAGUAUGAUGGCAGGCGCCGACUCGAACCAGCCUACCUUGGCUUGGGCUAUUCUUCUACUUGCACACCGCCCUGAUAUUCAAGACAAAGCAUAUGCCGCCAUCCAAGAUGCUGGUGUUCUACAGCAAUCAUCCAACACAUAUGCUUCUACAAAGAUUGACUACAUAGAUGCACUGACAAAAGAGAUCUCGAGAUACUUUGUCGUCUUGAAGCUCGCGCUACCGAAGGCGACAUACGCUGAUGCCACCUGGGAGUCCGCCACGAUUCCGGCCAACACUCUGGUUUUCUUGAACAGCUGGUCAUGCAACAGAGACCCUGACCUAUUCAAGGAGCCCGAAGUAUUCGCCCCUGAGCGUUGGCUUCCAGAUGCACCGGAUCAAUACGCGCAUCAAUUCGCCUUCGCCUUUUCGCACUUGAUCGCCCGAUUCAAGAUCUUGCCUGCAGACGGUAAGGAUUCUAUGGAGAUCGAUCCGAUUAAAGGACUUGAUGGCCUCUCGUUUGUUGCCAAACCGAAAGGUUUCCAGGCUAAGUUCGUUCCAAGAGAUGGAGCACGAUUGGAGGGUUGGCUGAAAAACCCUGAUGAGUGCUUGUGCAAGUCUCUGUGA